CGGGGCUGACGCUGUGGGUGCCGCCGCGCUCCGCUGCCCUCGCCCCGCUCCGCUCCCGGUACCGCCCCCCCCCCCUCCGGGAGCCCCCACCGGGCCCGGAGCCGCCGCCCGCCCGCAGGGAGGGACAAUGGCACUACACCCACGGAGAGUCCGCUUGAAGCCAUGGCUGGUGGCCCAGGUAGACAGUGGGAUGUAUCCCGGCCUCAUCUGGCUAAACCGAGAGGCGAAGCGGUUUCAGAUCCCCUGGAAGCAUGCAACUCGGCACAGCCCGCAGCACGAGGAGGAGAACACCAUCUUCAAGGCAUGGGCUGUGGAAACAGGAAAGUACCAGGAAGGAGUCGAUGAGCCCGACCCUGCAAAGUGGAAAGCCCAGCUCCGAUGUGCUCUUAACAAAAGUCGGGAAUUCAAUUUGAUGUACGAUGGCACCAAGGAGGUGCCCAUGAAUCCUAUUAAAAUUUAUGAAGUGUGUGAUAUCCCGCAAUCCCAGGGAUCAAUCAUUAAUCCAGGCUCCACUGGCUCAGCUCCGUGGGAUGAAAAGGAUAAUGAUCUUGAUGAUGAAGAGGAGGAGGAAUUGAAUCAAUCUCAGCACGUCCCUAUUCAAGAGACAUUUCCAUUUCUUAAUAUCAAUGAUUCUCCAAUGGCUCCAGCCAGUGCAGAAAACUGCAGCCCUGAAGCUGUGUGGCCAAAGAAUGAACCUCUAGACAUGGAAAUGCCCCCAACAGCACUGCAGCAUGACUUCUUCAGCAGCCCUGAGCUCUGGAUCAGCUCUCUACCAAUGACAGACCUGGAAAUCAAGUUUGAGUAUCGAGGGAAGGAGACUGGGCCGACGACGACUGUAAGCAACCCGCAGGGAUGCAGACUUUUCUAUGGAGAGCUGGGUCCUAUGCCAGACCAGGAGGAGCUCUUUGGGCCCAUUAGUUUGGAGCAAGUAAAGUUUCCAGGAACAGAGCAAAUCACCAAUGAAAGGCAGAAGAUCUUCACAAGUCGGUUGCUGGAUGUUAUGGACAGGGGACUGAUCCUAGAGGUCAGUGGCCAUGCCAUCUACGCUGUCCGGCUCUGCCAGUGCAAGGUGUACUGGUCUGGUCCCUGUGCGCCUUCUUCCACCACACCAAAUUUGAUUGAGAGGCAAAAGAAAGUCAAACUCUUCUGUCUGGAAACGUUCCUAAGCGAGCUGAUUGCCCAUCAGAAGGGACAAAUCGAGAAGCAGCCACCAUAUGAGAUCUACUUCUGUUUUGGAGAAGAAUGGCCUGAUGGAAAAGCCAGGGAGAGGAAGCUGAUUGUGGUUCAGGUCAUUCCCGUUGUGGCCCGGAUGAUCUAUGAGAUGUUCUCGGGUGACUUCACGCGCUCCUUUGACAGCGGCAGCGUGCGCCUGCAGAUCUCCACCCCCGACAUCAAGGACAACAUCGUGGCCCACCUGAAGCAGCUCUACCACCUGCUGCAGAACCACCAGGAGGGGUGGCCCAUGCAGGCCCCCCCCAUGCACAUGGCGCAGCCGCUGCCGGCGCAGUGACAGGCACUUGCCUUGGCCCUGGGCUUUAUGUUGUACAUACAGAAAAAGUUAUUUCCUACCGAGUGCCUUGCCUAAAUCUGAAUAAAAUCAGUGUAAAUCUGGU